CUUCACCACACCCAUACCUUUGUCUCGUUCCCCAGGUCAUCUUGCCGUCGCUCUUUCGUCUCAAGACACCACUCUCUUUUGCUUAUACGACACAACUACUACCCAACAUGCUCUCCACUAAUUCAGUAUUCCUCGCCGUACUCGCCGCUGGAAUCGCCAGCGUGAACGCGGCGCCCCGUCUGGCUGCACAGCCUGUUACUCGUGAUGCCACCACGAACCCCGUCAUCAUACAGAUGUUCGAGUGGAAUUGGAACAGUGUUGCCCAGGAAUGCACAGACUUUAUCGGGCCUGCAGGAUACGCCUAUGUCCAGGUUUCCCCCGCCACCGAACACAUCACUGGCGACUCCUGGUGGACCGACUACCAAAAAGUCUCCAACCAGCUCAUUUCCAAACGUGGUUCCAGAGACGAAUUCUCCAGCAUGGUCACGACCUGUAAGAAUGCUGGCGUCGGUGUCCUCGUCGACGCGAUCUGGAACCACAUGGCUGGUUCGGACUCGGGAACUGGCGUUGCUGGUACAUCUUGGACCCACUACAACUACCCCGGGUACUACUCCUCGUACGACUUCCACUAUUGUGGCACGGAUGGGGAUGCGAUCUUGGACUGGUCGAACAAGACCCAAAUCCAGUUCUGCCAACUCGAGAACCUUGCCGACCUGGCGACCGAGACGGAUUACGUUCGCAAAACGCUUGUCGAUGAAGCUAAUGACAUGCUCUCCCUCGGUGUCGCCGGCUUCCGUCUCGACGCUGCGAAACACAUACCCGUGACUGACCUCCAGUACAUCGUCUCCCAACUUUCCACCACCCCUUACAUCACCCAAGAGGUCAUCGGCACCGGUCAACCCAUUCCGGAAUCAGACUACGCUUCUCUUGGGACAGUGUCCGUGUCCGACUACCAAGUCGCUGUAGAGACCGCGUUCAAGACCGGUGGGAUCGAUACGCUGGAGAACGUCGAGAGCACGAGUGAUGUAACUUCGAGCGCGGCGAGCGUUUGGGUUGCGAACAUGGAUUCGGAGAGGGGAAACAACGGCGGUGGACUCAACUACAAGGAUGGGGCGAUCUAUACUUUAGCACACGUGUUCUCGUUGACGCACAAUUACGGAACGCCGAGCGUGCUGUCAUCCUAUGAGUUUAGCGACAAUGAUGCUGGCGCUCCCAACUCCGGUGCUGGUUCCUGCAGUGGCAACAACGGCACCAACGGCUGGUUGUGCCAACACCGCUGGACUGCGAUCGCCAACCUCGUCAAGUUCCGCACCGCUGCUGGGUCUACUUCGCUCACCAACUGGCAAACUGGGUCCAAUAUGCAGAUCGCCUACGAGCGUGAUGCGGUCGGCUUCGUGAUCAUCAACAACACUGACGGCGAGUGGGAUAACACCUUCACAACUGGUCUCGCCGAUGGCACGUACUGCGAUGUGAUCAGCGGUGCCGUCUCGGGAAGCUCAUGCACUGGAACUACCAUCACCGUCAGUGGCGGCAAAGUCACCGCCUCGGUCCCUUCGAGGGGCGCUGUGGCGUUCUACUCUGGCUCGAAGCUCUAAGCUGUCGUAUUUGCUGUCCACUAUCUUUCUCAUUUUGGUUUUCGUUGGACAAACUCGUGGUUGCCCUUCCUUGUUACUAUUUGCUUUACGCUCUCCUGGUUUGGUCUGCUGUGGCAUACGGACUUCGCACACUCUCAUUACUCUGUUACAUGGACUUCUUGCUCAUAUUGAUCGGGUCUCACUCUUGAAUUUUGCCUAACAUACGGCGUACUCAUUGGACUGUCAAAUAUCGUCACACUCAUCCUCGUCACCACUCACCUGCCUUACUUACAUACUCGCAUUGGACUCUCGAGACCUUUUUCACACUAGAUGUCCGGCGUAGAGGCCUGUGUGGUGUGGAUAUGUGGAUCAUAGUGCUGCUACAUACGCGUACAUACGCAUGUGUAACGGGUUAUGUGGUUACUAGUAUACCGGGCUACAUAAUAUAUUAUGGUGAUUCAUUAUGCCUAUUCAUUCGUGUCGAACAAUCCUCAUCGUGCACAUAGACGGCAGAGCACGGAUCAAGCGAGUUACGGAAAGCAUGGAUGGUCCCUGAAGGCAGAGGCGAGGUAUCCCUCUCCAUCUAAGCAAACUGUCAACGAGCCCAAUGAACCGCUCCAAGCCACACACGCUCAUCCCCGCAUCUGCCGAAUAUUGUGAAUCUCAUCCCCAUCUCGGACCUCACUCUGCUCCAGAGUCCAUUCAUCGCGCAUUGUGCUUCCCAGGUGCAUAAGUCUCUGGUUUUCAGGGGCGAUAUCCUCGAGUCGGUAGAGCUCCUUCUUGAGCUCUGUGACCGUCAUGCUCCGUUCGGCUUCGAUGGAUACGGUUCUGCUGGGCGACACGUCUGAGCGGACUAUUUUGAAUGUGAUGGACGUUGUGGUAGAGACUGUGGAAUGUGUGGUCGGCGGG